CACGGUUUGGGUUGCUAUUUUAUCAUAGCUGACAUACGAAUAUUUGGAAAAAACAACAACAGCAAUAUAAACGAAGUACACUUAAUUAAAGUAUAGAAGGAAGUUUAUUUUAUCGUGUAAGAAGUCCAGAAAGCCAUUGUCAUGUCUUUGUCGACUACCACGGAAGAAACUUUUCCGACGCAAACCCCGGAAACGACAACAUCUGUUGAUAAAGACUAUGAGUACUGUGAGCGGGAGGUAUUUAAAUCGGGUGGACACCUUGUCAGCUCCUACUCACACUGGUUCCUCAUACCAUCAGUUUUAAUUUUGCUAGUGUUGGCAUUUCUUGAGAAAAGACAAUCGGCUAAGCUGGAACUGCUGGGUGGACGCCCUGGACUUCCAAGGCCUUUCAGUUUUCUGGAUGAACCCAGAAACAAAUGGGGCAUAGUGUUUGCGUUUGGGUCAGCAACUGCCAACCUUCUACAAGUUCUAAACAAGACAUUCAGUGCUGAAUUUCCAGUGUGGGCAAAGAUAUUUUUGGUGUACAUCCUUAGUCUGGAGACGAGCCUUAUCUGCUAUCCGUUGUUUGCCUGUAUUUCAUCUCGUUACAAACUUGUUGGUGCCAUAACCGGAGUUCUCUACUCAUCUGGAUGGCUAUCUUUCCAGCUGUUUCGCAUUGUAACUGUUGCUCGAUGCUAUACCAAGUACAAUGGGGUGGAAUCUGUGGACUUAGCAGGCGCAUCUAUUGCGAUGGAGCUUCCGAUAGUUCUGUUCAGUCUUCUAGUUGUCAUCAAGUUUGUAUGGAAGCUAGCCAAGUGUCUAAAGCAGAAGAAAUAUUCGAGGAGUCGAUCUGAGGAGGUUGGAAAGAAAUUGUGUAGAAAGUCUGAUCUGCUGCAUGUCAAGGCCCUGUUCCAUCCAAGAAGGUGUACAGAAGCUGAAAAGGCUGAAAAGACAAUGCCUUGUUGUACUAGUUGGUUCCGGAAGUUUGUUAAACCGUUCCCAGGUUUUAAAUUUCCCAUUGGCAUGCUCAUCACAACAUUCGUCUCAUGUAUUUUUAUAUACUGGUAUGUUAAUUUUUUAUUUAUUUUUUUAGUUUCUUUUUUUAAUAAUUUUAUUUCAGCUGCAAACAUGUUUGCCUGCCUGAUCACUGUACUCUGUGGACUAAGAAAUGUCCACCUUGUUCUCAUGAAUUACAAGCGAGAUAUGCUGUGCCUGUACAAGGGUGACAAGAGUUUCAUCCCUGCUGUAUUGAGGAAUUGCUCUCCAAACAUUUACAUGGCCCAGGGAAUGAGAUUUAUUGGAAACUCAAUCGUUGGAUCAUUUUGGGGGUCAGUAUUUGUGUAUGUUGUGGUCUACGUGCCAGUUGCCUUGAUGCUUCUGACGUUAAAAUAUUUGGAUGACAAAGACAAACUCCAUUUACUUUGGCCCCGUUUCGAGUGGUUGAUUUACCCAGCCUGUACCAUUCUAAUCUUCAAAAUACAGACUAUUCUAGUGGCCAAGUUCUUCAUGCAGCCAAAACUUGAGGAAAUAGACAAGUACAAACCAUUGGCCGUUAAUAACAGAACAGUGUACGAUGUCUUCAGUUUCUUCAUGUUGUUUCUCAAUGCAAGUAUCGGUCUUGUUCAGUACGUGAAGCGAAUCUUGUUCAGUGCUGUUCUCGGCGUUUUCCUGAUCCCUCGAAUGGAUAGAAGCCUUUACAUGCGGGGAUAUGAGACCAUGGAUAAAUGCUACACCAACUACAUAGGUAUGAUCCUAGUCGAUGUCGCCCACAAUCAUCCGGUCAUGCGAGUAUUCUGUCAUGUACUCAGUGAUGCUAUGGAAAGGACACGCAACAGGGCCACGGCCACCACAGAAUACCCACCUUAUGCAGAUGUCCGGCCAGAACAACAGGACAAAGAACUGAGCAUUGCUAAAAGAAGAUGGCUUCUAGCCUUUACUCUCGUUAGAAAUCCAGACUUACAGCAGCUACGAGUUCACGGCACGCAUAAUAUCAAGGAUGAUAACUCAGUGUAUGUCGAUGUUAGCGAUAUUACUGUUGUGGAUGCAGAAAAAAGUUCUGGAAUCAGUGACAACAUGGUCAUGGACACUUGGGGUUGUGUUUGUCGUUUUUGUAAGAAUUAUAAAUUUACGAUCCCACCAAAUAUUACCACUAACAUUAUGGCAGGCAUUGUAUUAUUUGCCAUACUGAUAAUCUAUUUUGGACUUCCGUUGAUUCUUAAAACAUUAUAUUAAAUCCAGCGUAAGAAAACGAUCUUGUUGGGAAUCAUAAUAUUGACCUCUAUUUAGUUGUAUUUUGUGUUGAAAUAGUUGCAUAAAUUUUCUUAUUAAGUCAAUGCCGGAAAGGGCAUGAAAACUAUUCGAAGAAAUCCUUUUUUGUCAGCAAUUAAUUUGUCACAUCUUAAUGUGUUGCCAUCGUUUUUUAUACGCAAGAAAGGCUGACCUAGAGAGUUACUAUUCUUUGUUGUUGUUGUUGAUUUCUCAUAUACAAAUACAUGCUAUAUUUCCUAAAAAUUUCCAAGGGGAUUUUGUUCAGAAAGCUAUGGGAAUUCAAAAUAAGCAAAUUGGAUUUUAAAUGUGUCUGAAUAUUUGUCAAAUAGAAUAUUAUAAUCUCUCUGGCAUGCAUGUACAUGUGUUUAACAAAGUUGUACAUGGUUGCAAUUUGGUAAAUUAAACAUAAUAAACAAUACUAGUUGUUUCGUUUAAUAAAUUGAAAAUUAUGUCACUUUUUAAAUUUUGCAAUCUUAAACUUGCAGUUCAAGGGCGUGUUACUUAACCAUUUCCUUUAUAUUCAGAAUGUUUGCAUUUAAAGUCUGUUAAGUUAUACUGUGUUUAAAAUCCAUUAUUAUUUAGCAAAAUCAUUUAUGAUAUGAAUCAAGAUCUGAAAAAGCUAUGCAGUUAUGUUACUUGUGUGCCAUACCAAUGUAAGUGUGAAUUUAUAUUUAAAUAAGGCAUUGUUUUAAUCGUAUUGUUGUUAAAAGCAAUUUGUUAUUGUGAUGACCUUGCCAUGUUUCAUACGACUUAUUAUGUACAUAUGUUACAGUGAUAAAAAUGUGUGUAGAAAGGCAAUUAAAUUUGAACAGGAAAACAGAACGUUGGCAUCACUUAUC